AUGAUAAUGGUGAUACAGAGUAAUGGAUUGGUGGAGGCUCAAAACUUUUGUAAGACUUAUACAGACUGCUCGGGAUGUGUUCAAUCACCAGAUAAUGGUUGUGUUUGGUGUUCUUCAUCGAGAUUGUGUGUACCAGUGACUUCUACCUUCUCACCAUCGAUAGGUUAUACUAUUGAAGCUGAGUGUCCUAUUCAGAGUGAACCAAUUUCACUAUUUACAGAGAUGUGUACUGAUCCACUUUUUGAAAUUUGUGGUAAUAGAGAAUUGCCCAAUAUUGUGGAAUCUAAUUCAUCUCUUUUCGAUGCUUCUUCAUCAACAUUUGAAAGUACUAAAUCUAAUCAAAGUGUAAAGGAUGUUUCAUUGUGUCAGGAACAUACAGAUUGUGUUUCUGAUAAGAAUUGUGUCUAUGUUUCAAGGGGUUUUUUCACAAUUACUGAUCCAGAGAGUUUGGAAUCGAGAGUUAUUCCACUUGGAGCGAAUGGAACUUGUUGGAGAGCUUUACCUGUUCUUGGCUCACCUGUUUCAUAUAAUGUUCAUCGUGGAGGUUUAAUUUACUCUCUCACUACACAAGAAACCUACUAUGCAACAUGUGUCAUUAGAGAAGUGUACUAUUGGGUCAUUAUUGGAUGCAGUUUAUUGGCCAUUUCAUGUUGCAUUUGUACUGGAUGUGUUUGUUGUCUGUGUUGUUUCUGUUUCUAUUGUAAGAGAGAUAGAAGAUACAUUUCACUCAAUGGUUAA